AUGGAGAUCGACGCACCAGCUUCCACUUCCAAAUCCACUUCCACCUCCACCUCCCCUCUUCCGUACCUCGAACAACAGGUAUCCUCAGCACCGGAGGAGUUGAAGCCGUUAUGGACAAAGAUAAAAUCGGCGUAUGAGAAGAAGUUAUGGCAUAAUCUGACUGUUCUCUUGACUGAAUUCGUAUUCACUCCUGGGACUGGACCAUAUCAGAUCGAACUGUUUGAGAAAUUCAUCACGACCAUCGAAAGUAAAAUCAACGCAUUGAAGUUGGUCGAGAUCGCUCGAAGGGUAGGAAGGGAAUAUUCAGAACCCGAACUCACUUUGAAAUUCCUUCAAUCCGUCCACUCACGACUCACUUCCCCAUAUCCUGUACCAGCAACGGAUGAUAAUCCAGGAUCGCCCGCACCUCCCGCCCCAGCAGCUUCAGCCUAUGCAUUAUCACUCUCAUCCAUCGCCUAUGCUCAACUAUUACUGGGUAACUUGGAAGGAUGCAAAGAGAGUUUAGAUGAGUGUGAAAAGAUAUUAAACGAACAAGAUACGAUUGAACCCUCCGUCAAUGCUGGAUAUUACGGUGUAGCAGGAGAUUACUUCAAGGUUAAAGCUGAUUAUGCACCAUACUAUAAGAAUGCCCUGUUGUAUCUGGCAUGUGUAGAUACGGAGAAAGAAUUGACAGAGGAAGAUAGGAAAUCAAGAGCUCAUGAUUUAUGUAUUGCGGCGUUGUUGGGUGAAACUAUCUACAAUUUCGGUGAACUGCUCCAGCACCCUAUCCUCCAGACUCUCGUUGGGACAGAAUGGGAAUGGAUCAAAGAUCUGAUUAGCUCGUUCAACGCUGGUGAAAUCGGUAAAUUCGAAUCAUUAGCUAAUCACCUGGGUAACGAGCCAAUCCUCGAAUCCUCCGUAUCAUUCUUGAGACAGAAGAUCUGCUUGAUGGCUUUGAUCCAAACUAUCUUCGCUAGACCAAGGGACGGUUCAUCGAGAUUGAUGAGUUUCCAAACUAUCGGUGAAGCUACUAGAUUACCCAUCAACGAGGUCGAACAUCUACUUAUGAAAGCUUUAAGCUUGAGCCUCAUUAAAGGUUCUCUCGAUCAAGUGGACGGUACAGCCGAUAUAACAUGGGUACAACCUCGUGUAUUGGAAGGAAACCAAUUGGAUACGUUAUCUGAACAGUUGGAUAACUGGUGUCAAGCCGUUGGUAGAACGCAGGAUCAAGUUGAGUUGCAGCGAAAAGAGGCACAGGCGGCUGUUCUAGUUCAGUAG